AUUUAAAAAAUGUCUUUAGGUGUUCCUCUCAAAAUUAUGCAUGAAGCAGUUCAUCAUAUAGUUACAGUUGAACUUAAAACAGGUGAGAUGUUUACAGGAUAUAUGGCAGAAGCAGAAGUAUUUGUUAAAAUAAUCAUAGGAUACAAUGAAUGUUAGAUUAGAUGAAGUAUAGAUGGUUACAAGAGAUGGAAGACCUAUGUCUUUAGAAUAAGUUUAUUUAAGAGGUAGUCAAAUUAGAUUUGUUGUUAUUCCUGAUGUAUUCAAAUAUGCACCAAUGUUCAAGAAAAUUAGAGCUAAUGCUAAAAGCAAAAACAUGUAACAAAUCAGAGAAAAAGCUAGAUAAGUCAGAGGUAUCUUAUUCUCAUCAAUUCAUUUAUAGAGGAGUUAGUACCACGUAUUAAAUAAGGUUUAGAGUAGUAGAAGAAAUGAUUAAUAAAUAUCUAAUUCUUAUAUUAAAUAAUCAAUCUAUA